GGCAGAGGGGCGGGCUCUUCCGGCCUCCCCGCUCUUCCUCUUCCCGCCGGGCCCUGCCGUCCCUCUCCCGGUGACUUCCGGCCGGGGCGGGGGGGUCGGAGCCGCCGCUGCGCCCCCCGGUGCCCCCCCCCCAUUGCGCCGCCAUAGGGGCUGUGCCCCCCCCGCCCCAUAGGGCCCCCCUAUAGGGCCCCUCUAUAGGGCCCCCCCCCCGGUCAAAGAGCAGCCCCCCCCCAAAGGAGCAGGCGGGGAGGGGUUGGGGGGGGGUAUCGCCCAUAAGGACCCCCCGCCCUCCUCAUCCUCACCCGAGGAGGAGCUGGGUGGGGGGGGAUCGCGAAGUGAAAAGGGGGGGCCCCUGUGAGGAUCCCCCCCCCCCCAAAGCCAUGGAGAUGCAGAAGGGGAAGGGGGGAGCAGCAGCAGGAGGAGGGAAGUUGCUGGUUUCCACCCUUCUGGAUGCCAAGGAUGAGUUGGAGGAGAGGCUGGAGAGGUGUGUGGGCAUCGUGACUUCGCUCACCAACGGGCUCUCAGAGAGGGAAGCCAACGAUGCUCUCAACGCUCACAUAUGCAAAGGAACCCCCCAGCACGAGGAGAUCUGCCUGGGGCUCUUCACUCUGGUCCUCACUGAACCUGCUCAGGCACAGAAGUGCUACCGGGACUUGGCCCUGGUGAGCCGAGAUGGGAUGAACAUUGUCCUCAACAAGAUCAACCACAUCCUCAUGGAGAAGUACUUGAAGCUGCAGGAUACCUGUCGCACCCAGCUCGUGUGGCUGCUGCGGGAGCUGGUGAAGAGCGGGGUGCUGGGCGCAGAUGGUGUCUGCAUGACCUUCAUGAAGCAGAUUGCAGGUGGGGAUGUGACAGCAAAGAACAUCUGGCUGGCUGAGAACGUGCUGGAGAUCCUCACUGAGCAGAGAGAGUGGGUGCUGAAGAGCAGCCUGCUGAUCGCCAUGGCCGUGUACACCUACCUGCGGCUCAUCGUGGACCACCACGGCACGGCCCAGCUGCAGGGGCUGCGCCAGAAGGAGGUGGAUUUCUGCAUCUCCCUGCUCCGUGAACGGUUCAUGGAUUGCUUCAUGAUCGGCCGGGACCUCGUGCGGCUGCUGCAGAACGUGGCGAGGAUCCCCGAGUUCGAGCUGCUCUGGAAGGACAUCAUCCACAACCCCCAGGUCCUCAGCGCCCAGUUCACAGGUGUCCUCCAGCUCCUCCAGUCGAGGACAUCCCGCAAGUUCCUGGCCUGUCGCCUCACUCCCGACAUGGAAACCAAACUGCUCUUCAUGACCUCGCGGGUCCGGUUUGGGCAGCAGAAGCGGUACCAGGACUGGUUCCAGAGGCAAUACCUGUCCACCCCAGACAGCCAGUCCCUGCGCUGCGACCUCAUCCGCUACAUCUGUGGGGUGGUGCAUCCCUCCAACGAGGUGCUCAGCUCCGACAUCCUCCCGCGCUGGGCCAUCAUCGGCUGGCUCCUCACCACCUGCACGUCCAACGUUGCUGCUUCCAAUGCCAAACUGGCCUUAUUCUAUGACUGGCUCUUCUUCAACCCCGAGAAGGACAGCAUCAUGAAUAUAGAGCCUGCCAUCCUGGUGAUGCACCACUCCAUGAAGCCUCAUCCUGCCAUCACCGCCACGCUGCUGGAUUUCAUGUGCCGGAUCAUCCCAAACUUCUACCCCCUCUGGAGGCUCACGUCCGCAAGGAGUGUUCAACUCCUGACCCACAUCGUGGAGAAGCGAGUCCUUGCACAUCUGGCCCCUCUCUUUGACAAUCCCAAGCUGGACAAGGAGCUCCGUGCCAUGCUGAGGGAGAAGUUCCCGGAGUUCUGCAGUUCCCCCUCACCCCCCAUUGAAGUCAAAAUUGAGGAGCCUGUUUCCAUGGAGAUGGAGAACCACAUGUCAGAGAAGGAUGACAGUUGCUAUGACAACGCUGAGGCAGCCUUCAGUGACGAUGAAGAAGAUCUGAACAACAAAGGUGAGGAGAGCUCAUGUCCUCCUGCAUCGCCUCCGCAUCGUGUGUCCCCAUGUCCCCAGUGACCUGCUGGCACCUUC